AUGUACAUUCUUGUAAAUACCACAGAUAUCCUGUCUGCUGACGCCCACCCUGUGCAACCUGCUACAGACUCUGCAACAUCCUUGCACACUGCUACUACUCCAGACGAACCAUCUACUUCUCCAGUGAUACCUGAGACUACACCAACUUCACCAGAAACUACACCAGCCGCACCUGAGACUACACCAGCUUCACAGGUACCUACACCUGAUGCUUUUGCAAACCAACACUUGUUUUCCGAUGAUGACUCUACUGCCUCGAUUGACGUUGAAGCACAAUCACCAUCUCCAUCUCCAGCAACAGAGGAGUCUCCAAGAGUCUCCGCACUAUAUGAUCAACGUAAAGGAUUGAAGCAAGCAGCCACCCAACUGGUCAACCAAGGGGUCAACCAAGGGGUCAACCAAGUGGUUAACCAACUGUCAGGGCUACCAACUGUCUCACAGCCGAGCAUCAGGGCUACCAACUGUCUCACAGCCGAGCAUCAGGGCUACCAACUGUCUCACAGCCGAGCAUCAGGGCUACCAACUGUCUCACAGCCGAGCAUCAGGGCUACCAACUGUCUCAGCCGAGCAUCAGGGCUACCAACUGUCUCACAGCGGAGCAUCAGGGCUACCAACUGUCUCACAGCGGAGCAUCAGGGCUACCAACUGUCUCACAGCGGAGCAUCAGGGCUACCAACUGUCUCACAGCGGAGCAUCAGGGCUACCAACUGUCUCAGCCGAGCAUCAGGGCUACCAACUGUCUCACAGCCGAGCAUCAGGGCUACCAACUGUCUCACAGCCGAGCAUCAGGGCUACCAACUGUCUCAGCCGAGCAUCAGGGCUACCAACUGUCUCACAGCCGAGCAUCAGGGCUACCAACUGUCUCACAGCCGAGCAUCAGGGCUACCAACUGUCUCAGCCGAGCAUCAGGGCUACCAACUGUCUCAGCCGAGCAUCAGGGCUACCAACUGUCUCAGCCGAGCAUCAGGGCUACCAACUGUCUCACAGCGGAGCAUCAGGGCUACUAACUCUCACGGCGGAGCAUCAGGGCUACCAACUGUCUCACAGCGGAGCAUCAGGGCUACCAACUGUCUCACAGCGGAGCAUCAGGGCUACCAACUGUCUCACAGCGGAGCAUCAGGGCUACCAACUGUCUCACAGCCGAGCAUCAGGGCUACCAACUGUCUCACAGCGGAGCAUCAGGGCUACCAACUGUCUCAGCGGAGCAUCAGGGCUACCAACUGUCUCACAGCCGAGCAUCAGGGCUACCAACUGUCUCACAGCGGAGCAUCAGGGCUACCAACUGUCUCACAGCGGAUCAACAGUGUGCGGCUGUCACUCUUCACAAGUUUUCCAGUUGCUUCUCAAAGUGCUAUAAUGCCUCGACCUGCUUCUAAGAGUUAA